AUGCUUUGGCACGAAUGGGCCGGCUCGACCGGAGUGAUACCACGGCCUCACAUAAAACCGACGUGAAACAACGCUUGCGUUGCGUUUCGUCGUGUGAGUGAGGUUACUGGAUACUUAUUUUAGUGUUUUUUUUUUUCUUUUUUUCUUUUUUUUAAGGGGGUAAAUCAUCGAAUGACUACUCCCGCCUGGGUGAGGCGGUUUACGGACAUACAUCAGGACGGACAUAAUAAUACGAACCUACUACCACAAACUAUUAGUAUUAUUAGGGUCAGUAAUAUUUUGCCCGACCCGGGAAUCGAACCCGAGACCCCUCGCUCGGCAGUUGCACUUACGACCACUCGGCCAACGAGGCAGGCAAAGAUUCACACAAACCCACAAUAUAUUUCGCGUGUAUAA